AUGGAAAUCAUAUAUCCUGAACCUGACUCUGAAUAAUCAGAAUAUAAUAGGUUAAUUAUUCUUCCUUACAUAGGNAGACUUAGUAUAUACGUAAACAGGAACACCAUAUUAUGCAAGUCCUGAAGUAUGGAGAGAUUAACCUUAUGAUACUAAAAGUGAUAUUUGGAGUUUGGGUUGUGUAGCAUAUGAAAUGGCUACACUUAAACCUCCAUUUAGAGCCUAAAAUAUGGAAAGAUUGUAUAAAAAAGUAUAGAAAGGAUUAUUUGAACGAAUUCCAUCAAAAUUUAGUGGAGAAUUAAUGACUAUUAUUGGAUUAUGUUUACAAGUUCAUAGCAAAUCUAGACCUUCAUGUAUUCAGUUAUUAAGCAAUCCUAUUCUAUUGAGGAAUGCUAGACAAUUUAUUAUUGAAAGUAGAAUUUCUUAAUAAGCUUAAUCAUCUUAGAAUGUUUCAAAUAUACUUUUGUAGACUAUUAAAUUACCUAAAAAUUUGAAAUAUCUUAAAGAGAAACUUCCUAAAUCAAAAUACAUUGUUGAAAAUGCAAAUCAAUCUUAUGAUGAAUCUUUAGUAAAUAGUUCUUUUCUACCUAAAAUUAAUAAUCAAAAAGAAAUUAGACUUAAUAGUUCUGUUCCACCAUUAAAAAGUGAUAGAUAUCAAUAGUAACUAUAAAUGUCAUAAAUCUAUUCUUAAUAUGAGGAUAGAUCUAAAUAUAUUGCUAAUUCAGUCUAAAUGCUUGAGAUAGAAAGAAUCAGACAAAAGAAAUUACUCAAAAAAUAAUAAAAUUUAAAAAUAAGUAUUAUUCAUCAGAAUGCUAUACCUUAUAUCAAUUGUUCUUCUUCUUAAAUUCAAAAUUUAUAUUAAAACAAACUAUCAAAUAAUGAAUAAAAUCAAUAGAAGUACAAUUCAGAAACUCCUAAACCAAUUUGGUGGGGAUGA